ACGUUAAUAUUACUGCUAUACUGAGUUGCCGGUGCGGUACCGGUACGGUACAUUUUUUGUUUGGCGUUAUUUAAUGGGCACCGUACUUCGCUGGACCCGUCUGCCCGUUAACAUAUCUUAUUCUGGCACUGGCAAAUUGAUUGAAUUUCAGGACAAUCUGGACAAUCUAGUAAUGAUACGGUGUCGGUACCCGUAACGCCGACGAAAUUAACUGCAAUCAAAAAGAUUGAAAUUGAUGAAAAUCGCAGGUCAAGAUGCAAAAAAUCAGUAGUACUUGAAGCAUCGAUACUGCGACGCCUCGUCCAUCCACAUAUUGUUGAAUGUGAGGAAUGGUUUUUGGAUAAUGAGAAAAAAAUGAUGAACAUUGUACUUGAAUACUGUGAUGGAGGAACAAUGCAGGAUAUGGUGAAACAAGCAAACAUCAAAAAUUCUUAUUUUCCAGAAAACAAGGUACUAAAGUGGAUGGCACAGAUAGUAUCUGCGGUUUCAUACAUGCAUAGUAAGAAGAUUUUGCAUAGAGAUUUGAAGACUGAGAAUGUUUUCAUUGUGAAGCCAGAUAUUGCGAAACUGGGAGAUUUUGGAAUAUCUAAGGAGUUCGACCACACAUUGGACUUGGCUCAAACAUGUGUUGGAACACCUUGUUACUUGAGUCCAGAACUUUGCCAGGAUAUCCCAUACAAUUCAAAGUCUGAUGUUUGGGCACUCGGUUGCUUGCUUUUUGAAAUGGCUGCUCUCAAACCAGCGUUCGAUGCAGCCAAUCUUGUCAGCUUAUUUUAUAAAAUUGUAAAAGGAGAUUUUACAUCACUGCCCAAACAUAGCUCACAGGAUAUGCACGAAUUGAUUGCACUAAUCUUGCAAAAGGACCCUGAAAAUAGGCCAACCGCAUCAAAACUUUUACAACAUAAAGCAUUAUCAUGCUAUGCAGAAAAAAUUUUGUAUUCUACGAAAAAAAUAAACAACCGAAGUGUAGAACAAUAUCCACAAGUAAGGAAGUCAGACAUUGACAUUGAAUUCAUUCAAAGCUCAACCUUAAUAACAAAUGCUGAUGUGGAGAGAAGAAUGAGCCCUGGGCCUUCUUAUGCCUAUAAUAUGUUUCUAUCUGGUAUAAAUUCGAAACCAAUGCUUGAGUCCAAAGAUAAUUCCACACAGUUUUCUGAUCUAGUAAAUAGGUCAAAUUCUGUGUUGGGAACCAAUUCAAAGAACAAACAAAACUCAACUGUUCCAAAGAUAUUUGAUUAUGAAGCAAACCAGUCCGGAUCUCCGAUACCUCAAGAAGUUGAAACAGCGCGACCCCAAACAUGUCCACACUCAGCCUCAAAAGCAAGACAUAUCAAAGAAGAAUUGGAUUUCAAUGAUACAGUUGUGACGUGGUCCGGAUACGGAGAUCAAGGAAGUCAUAGUAGAAGGAAAAGAUGUGAUUCUGUAUCGUUAUCUAGUGGAACAGAUGAAUCCUCUGAUAUUGAUACACAAGUGAGAGAAUCAGGAAAGAUUGGUAUAAGGUAUUGUGAUGAUGAAGAAAAGUCAGAUAGUAACAUAUCCUUUGAUGAAAAUUCAGAUUAUGAUGAUGAUGAUGAUUUUAUACAAGAUGAGCAAGUUGAAGAUGACAUUCCAGAAUGUAUUGAUGAUCAUGAUGAUGAGUUGAGUGGAGACUCAACACAUAUCUGUGAUGAAAGGAAAGCAGCAGGUGACAGUCAUGUAUUGCCUGGUAGUGCAUGGCUAAGAACAAAACGUAUGAGGGUUCUGCAACAGAAUAAACCUGGAGAUCUCACAAAUAUUUCUGAAAGAAAUCAAAACAACAAUAAUAUCAAGAAUUUCAAGAAAAUGAAGGCUCGACUCCCUGGUAGUUCAUGGUUGUCUCUGAAACAACGUUCUGAUCAUCAUAUGGAAAGCAGCUCGGAUGAUGCAAUUGUUCUUGGUGGAAAUAAUGAGAGCAAAGUUGUUGUUAAACGAAAAGAAUCCAAGUGUCGUCAUCAGAAGAGGAGUGGAAAAUUUCGAAAUCUGCCUGGCAGUGCGUGGUUGAAAAAGAUUGAUUCAGGAAAUCGAUCUGAAAACAGUGAUAACACUGGCAUUUCAUUACCAAUAGAACCAACGUCAUAUUUUCAAAAACAAGAUCAUGCAAUCACAUUGAAAAGCUGUUCAAGCUGCAGUGCAAAUAAUUUCAGUAUUCCAGAAAAGAAGCUUUCAAGUCAUGAUCCAGGAAACGAUAGUGAUGAAUAUUCAUACUCUGAUGAUUUUGAAGAUGAUUUUGAAUUUUCAGAUGAUGACUUGCAGCAGACUAUUACUAAAACAGAAGACUCCAAAUCAUCACUGAAUAUUGUACAACUAGGGUGUAUUGAUAUCCUCGGUGAAAAGGUUUUCAAUGAUCUUUCGUCACUUUUCAAAAAAGGAUUGACAUUUAGCGAAGCUCUAAACAACCUUGAUACAUACAAGGUAGACAAAGAAGCUCUACAAGCAUGCUAUAUCCUGCUUGAAAAGCAAUCAUAAUUUUUCUUGGAUAUGCCCACAAAUUGGAUUCUGAAACAUAACAGUGACAGCGAACUGGGUAGUUCUAAAUAAAAAGUACCGUUAAUACUUAUCCAAUCUGAAAUAUUCAACUAUACCCGGCCGGUUUUGCUAUUUUAAAAUGCCAUGGCUGUUUUUUUCACAGCCUUCACCCAACCGACCGUAUGUGUUUGUAUAUUCUUAAAUGAUAACUUUUAUCAUCAGACUGUGAAAUCAAACAUGUUUAUUUUUAUCUUUAAUUAAAUUAAAUUCAAGAUUUUUAUUUUUAAGUAUAAUGUCUAUCUAAUAUAAUAUUGAUUUAUUGAGUGAUGAAAUACUGUGAAUUGGUUACUUUUUGUAAAAGCAGAAUGUUUGAAUACAACAACGUUUAAAAUAUUAAUACUCAAGUGGGUUAACAACCAAUUUUGUAAAA